CUUACUCUACUCUUUGUUCAAUAUUCUUCAAUCUGUUAUCUGUGGUGUCGUUGUUUUGAUUCCAAAUUCCAAUUUCUUCAAAGCUUUUAUUUAUUUAUUUUCAGAUUUUCUUACACUAAAAUGGCACGUUAUUUCAAAGAGCAAGACAUAGACGAGUUCAGAGAAUGCUUCUACCUGUUUGCAAGGUCCGGUCAGAUCACGUCCCUGGACGAGCUGACGGUGGUCAUGAGAUCUCUCGGCAUGAGUCCCACUAUACAGGAGUUGACAGGUUACCUCAAAGGCAAAGGAGGUAAGAUGUCAUUCGCCGACUUCCUCGAGGUCAUGCACAUUCACUCACGUGCUGAAAACUUACCCCAUGAAGUGGUGAACGCGUUCAAAGCAGGCGAUAAUGACAAGAGGGGCGUAAUCCCCGCCAAGCAGCUGCGGAACCUUCUGCAGAACUGGGGCGAAGGCCUAUCGCCGCGCGAGGUUGACAACAUAUUCCGUGAAGCGAACGUCUCAAACAACGGCAUAGUCCGCUACGAAGACUUCGUCAAAAUAGCCUGCGCGCCCGUCCCUGAUUAUUACUAAAUAUUCAUUAUACAGGGUGCUCGGGAGUAUUUGCCAUAACGUCUAGGUGUUGACAAGUCCACUUAUAGGAGGCGAACUGCAUAACUAAUAUUUUUGGAGUUUAUUCUUUAAGAAUCGAUUUUUCAUUUAUUGCCCCCUGUAUGAAAAAAAUAUGGGCAGUAAAAUUCGAUGUAAAUUCGAGUAAAAUUCGAAUGACAGCGUUACGUUUUUGUGCGCAACCUAUUCUGCGCACCUUUCACCGUGCACACACUGCGACCUGCUGCUCCUCGGUUGCGCACCUUUCACUUUUCAAGCGUUAGUAUUGAGACGUACAUAGUGUAUGCUGUGGGACAAUAUCACUAUUUAUACAGUCGAUCUGAAAGAGUUCACUCUAUUCAUGCGUUGGAGCUGACACACACUUUUAUUUUUUUUUUACUAAAAAAUAAAUAGUUUUUAACUUUUCAUACAAAAUAAUUCCAACUAUCCAUGUAACGCCUUUGUUGCAUUUUAAAAUAUAUAAAACUUGGCUACAUCUUAAUUAUGGAUGCGUAUAAGGGACACAUAUUAAGAUCUAUUUACAAAAGAAAUUUGCUGGUGGGAGGCUUCGGCCGUGGCUAUAAGACGUACCGCCAAGCGAUUUAGCGUUCCGGUACGAUAUCGUGUAGAAACCGAAAAGGGGUGUCGAUUUUCAUCCUCCUCCUGACAAGUUAGCCCGCUUCCAUCUUAGACUGCAUCAUCACUUACCAUCAGGUGAGAUUGUAGUCAAGGGCUAACUUGUAAAGAAUAAAAAAAAAAAGAGAUAUUAUUUACCCUGAAAAUAUUAAUUUUAGAACACAUGUUCCUUGAACAUUUUUGAUUAAUUUUCCUACAAUUAUGGAAAAUACUUCCGAGCACCCUGUAUAUGACUUAAUACUGUAGUUUCAAGUUCGUCUUAACAUUCCCUCAUACAAAUGUAUUUAGUAAAACUAAACAUGUUUUCAUACAAGUGUGUCAGUGAAACUAAAGAUUCCUUCAUACAAAUGUAUUAGUUAAAAUAAACAAUCCUUCAUACAGAUAUAUCUAGUAAAACUAAACAUUCCUCCAUACAAAUGUCAGACAUUUAUCAUUUUUAAAAGUUGUAAGUUGGUCAUUUUAUGUAAUACCUUGUAGAAAAAAAAAAUAACCAUCCAUACCAUUCAAAAGUUACAGUAACUUUUGAAUUGACUAGAUCACAUCAUAUUAAAUAUAAAAAAAAAACAUAUUUUUUUAAAAUUAUAUAUACAAAAAAUAUAUCAAAGUGUUAUAUUAUAUAAGUAAAACUUCUUAAAACUUGAGAAAUAAAUUAGUGAAUACGUUACGAAAACUGUAAUCGGGCGAUGCGUGCCAUCUACAGGCAUAAUGAAACAUUGCUUGGUAUUUUAAACCACCACUAGAUGGCGUUUUCAGAGAACUUUGAAACAACCCCUUUUCUACACAAAAACCCGUAGCGAUUAUUAUUAAAAUAUUUAUAGAUAUUAAGAAUUAUUGUGGUGAAUUUAUCAAAUAAAACAAAUGUAUUUUAUCAUCAAAA